GUCAACGCACAUUUGCACAAUCAGCACUCACACAGCAGUGCAACCACGAGAACGGAUUCGUAUGGCGGAUCAUUCAAGUACCUAGUUGUUUCCCCCGACAGUCAGACAAGCGUGCCCCAAACCCAUUGGUGCUGCUGGCACCGGAGUCUGUCUUGGCUUUUGCAAGUACUACGCGUGACAGCAAACCCUGCGAUUGUUAGGAAGGACCAAGAACAACACUGA